AUGUGCUAUCCAAAUGCAAUCUCAAAUAAAGCAAUUGAAGCUGAUGGAGACGUCCACCUUGAGUCCUUCAAAGCACAUCUUUACGAUACUAUACAGCCAACUAGAUCAAUUCGUCAAACUAGAGACCUUGUAUUUGGAGAGGGCAUUAAUUUCAAACAGCUAGACUCGCUUAUUGACAGCUGUCUGGCAUUGAAGGAACUAGAUCUGAAGCUACACGAAGUAUCACCAUUAAGGCAGCUUGGAUUUGAAACAAGAGAAGAAUCCGAAGAAGAGGAAAACGCAAUCGACUACACAAAACUAAAGCCUCACUUGACUGUUCGCACAGCUAAGCUCAAACUGUACUCGAUCUUGCCGAAAUACGUUGGAUAUAUAUUGCAUAGGUUUCCAAAGCUAACAUCGCUGGACCUGGUGCCUCUUGCCUCACACUAUGAACUGACGCCAACGUGCAAUCCUAUCACAGUAUCGAACGAUGCCAUGUUGAACUUCUUACUCGCUUUACGCAAAAUGCGACAUUUUCUUGUUGUCACUAAUUUUGAUGGAACACCAGAAGCGUCUUGUCAAUUGGUUGUCCAUACCAAGUAUCGACUGGACAAUCCCCUCAUUUCUUACAGCAGCGAGCCUUUGAAGAUAAGAAUUCAUUUGCAAUACUACAAAGGCCACACUCAAGAGAACCAGUCGUUGAGAGGGCCCACCAUCAUGCCUCACCUCACAUUGGUGGAAGUAGUUGACUCAUACAUCAAGCAGCUGGUCAUCAAUGGAAUGAGCAACAAGUUUGUCAAUGGAGUCGUCAGCGCCUAUUACCUAAUGGACUAUACAUUGAUCCGUCGUUCCUUUCUGAAGCACAUGGGCUUCAUUCAAUGCGACUUGUCCUAUUACCCUCUGCAGGUACUUCCCACACCGCACAUUUUUAUGGAAUCACUGAAAUUUGAGGAUUGCCUGCUCCACUGUCUGUCGUUUAUCAAAUUCUCGCUUGUCAUGUCCUGA